AACUAUCCUAUGGUUUUAGAACGAAUUAUACCAAAAUAUAUCUAAAUAUUCUGUGCUGUCUCCCAGCUUGGAUCAAAACGGACGCGACGGUCGCUUGAGUCGAAGAGCUGGACACACAUACACGCAGAUACACACUUACUCACACACCUCUCUUGCUCCGGCCAAAAACUAGAAAAAAGACAACAGCUAAAAGUGGUAGUAACAGGCGAAGAAGAAGCAGUAGCAGCAGCAGUGGAGGCAAAAAGUGACUUGUUUUUUGUUUGCUUGUAUACGCCGACGUCGGCGCUAACGCUCCGAUCCAUACCCGCUCUGACUCCCCUUCGUCCGUAUGUCGGUAUUAAGAUCGCGGUCUAAGCAAGUGUACUAGUCUCUAAUCAAAGCAACUAGACGCCAAGGCAGUGCAGGCAUUGGGUGCUAACAAUACAAGAUAUCAUAUAAACAUCAACACAACUACACACACAGGUGUGAGCGUGUAGGCGAGAAAAGAAAGUGCAAUAAAAACCAAAAAUUGUAAAAAAGCCAAAAGUGCAAUAUGUAUACAAAGUGUUGAAAAGAGACAAGCAAAAAAAAAACAGUUAAAUCGCCGCGCAUCGAGUGAUAGAGAACGAGCUGUCACAGAAGGAGGAGAGCAGAACAAGAAAUCAUUUACACACCAACCUGUUGCGUCAAGGAAUCCGAUUGAGUAGAGAUUCUGUUGCCACAGGCACAGCUAAUGGCCGAGAGGCAGCCGUGAGAUGCAGUCCCGCUAAGCCAGCACAGUAAGAGAAUGCUUGAAGUCCGCUAGAAGCACGGAACCGCCCGGAACCCCAAACACCAAAGCACUGAACGCUGGAAUGUGGCAUAAUCAUUAUUAUCAUCAGCAGCCGCAGCAGCAGCAGCAGCAUCAAUAGCCAGAUCGAUCUCCUCAAAGAUAAUUAAACCAUCAUUAGCAUCAACAGCUCCAGCACCAACUUUAGCUCCAGCGAGAGAGAAACAUAAGAUGCAGGUGCCCGAGCACGUUGUCUCCCUGUACAUCGCCACCUGUGGCCAGAAUGGACCCGGACUUGGAUCUGACGAGAAGGAGAUCAUACUGCUCGUCUUCGUUCUGCUGGAGGUCGCCACGGGUCAGAUCAUCGGCACCAAACAAAUACUCGUCCGGCCCGAUGGCUACUUCAUCAAAGACCGCACCACCUCGACCUCCUCGGACCCCUCGAACGUCACCAGCAGCAACACGGCCUGCUCCCCGCCUCUGGCGGGCAUUGGCAUCGGAGCCAUCGAUGGCAAUGUCAAUGCGAAUAGCAGCGCCUCGAGCAGCAUCGGCAGCGGAACGGGGAAUGGAAGCAGCUCAGCGAACGGCGUUCUCGAGAACAGCAGCGAGCUGAUUCUGCCGAUAGCCGAGGCCCAGGCAGCGGGAAAACCGCUCAACGAAGCCAUCGAGGAGUUCGAUGACUACCUUCGGUCUCUAUCGCUGCACGACACAGACAUCCAGAUGAUCACGGAUGGUCAGCUGCCCCUGAGGCAGUGCCUGCACCGCGAGGCCUGCGCCAAGGAUGUGGAGCUGCCUGCCUACUACAAUCGGUUCAGCGACCUGCGCAAAGAGUUCCUGCGCUACAAGUCCGGAGAUCUGUCGCGGGCCCUGGUCCCCAUCAAGGACAUAAAGAAGAUGCUGCAAUCGCCCACACUGCCCGUGCCCCAGUCCAUCGGAGAGAUGCUGAAUGAGCUCAAUACGACGUCGGUGGAGGACAACGGCUUCUACAUACGCGAAUCUCGCGACAUGGUCACUGUGAUUCAGACCCUCCUCCAGGCAGGUCACAAAUUCGCCUCAAACGAGUUGGUCACCCUGAACCUGGAACCUGGAAUUUGCUCAAUCGACGACGAGGUCGACGGCAACUGCAUCGUGCGCGCCCGCGGACUGCCCUGGCAGAGCAGCGACCAGGACAUUGCCAAGUUCUUCCGUGGUCUCAACGUAGCCAAGGGCGGUGUCGCUCUUUGUUUGUCCCCACUGGGCAGGCGUAACGGCGAGGCUCUAAUCCGCUUCGUCUCCCAGGAGCACCGAGACAUGGCGCUGAAGCGGCAUAAGCACCACAUCGGGGCCAGGUACAUCGAGGUGUACCGCGCCUCGGGCGAGGACUUUCUCGCCAUUGCCGGAGGCGCCUCCAAUGAGGCGCAGGCCUUUCUAUCCAAGGGGGCCCAGGUGAUCAUUCGAAUGCGGGGACUGCCCUACGACUGCACGGCCAAGCAAGUGCUCGAAUUCUUUACCACGGGCGAGGCGCCCUGUCACGUGCUGGAUGCGAGCGAGGGCGUUCUUUUCGUGAAGAAGCCGGAUGGGAGGGCCACUGGAGACGCCUUCGUGCUGUUCGCCAACGAGGGGGAUGCCCCGAAAGCGCUGGGGCGACACCGCGAGUCCAUUGGGCAGCGAUACAUCGAGCUCUUUCGCUCGACCACCGCCGAGGUGCAGCAGGUCCUAAACCGCUCCAUGGACCCCAAGACCUUUGAGACAAGCAGCCACAGCCAGCCGCCGCUAAUCGCCCAGCUGCCCACUAUGCAGCUGCCCCUGCUGCCCCAGGUGGGUGUCGUCACCCAUGGCAAUGGCCGCGUCCCAGUUCCAGUCCCAGCUAACCUGUGCCCACAUCCCCAUCCCCCACAGCACCUUAUCACUUCGGGAACGACAAAGAACUGCAUCAGGCUGCGCGGACUGCCCUACGAGGCCAUGGUGGAGCACAUUCUCCACUUCCUGGACGACUUUGCCAAGCACAUCAUUUACCAGGGCGUGCAUAUGGUGAUUAAUGCGCAGGGCCAGCCCAGCGGCGAGGCCUUCAUUCAGAUGGACUCGGAGGACUCCGCGCGGCUCUGCGCCCAGCGCAAGCACAACCAGUUCAUGGUCUUCGGAAAGAAGUUCCGCUACAUCGAGGUGUUCCAGUGCUCCGGCGACGACAUGAACAUGGUCCUCAACGGCGGACUGGCCUCGCCCGUCGCCCAGGCACCGGCCCACCACGGCCACGCCCACAAGCAGCCCUCGCUGCUAUCCACGGGUGCCACUGUACUGGGUGCCCACUUCGGACCACCCUUCCAGGCCUACAGGGCAGCACCGCCGCCGUCUCACACGCCGCUCCUGGCCACGCCCCGAAACCACCACGCCCACCACCAUCACCAUCAUGCGUCCACCUUCUAUCCGCCACCGCUCGUCUACUGGCCCUACCCGAGCCCGCCCGUCUCGCCCACCACCUACUACAGCCAACCGGCAGCGCACUCGCCCUCGCAGCCUCUGUACCCGCUCGACUUCUUCCCCCCAUCACCGCUCUCACCGCCUAGCGUGGCCAUUCCGCAUACCAGCGCCGGCCUGAUACUCACGACAACCAAGGCCGCCGUGUCCUUUGUGCCACCAAAACAGUUCUCUCCAACGACCACGGCCAGUGGCAGAAAGCUGUCCAUUCCGAUGCUAGGCUAUGCUAGUCCGAGUACCAGCCAGCUCGGAGCUUCACCAGAGACUACCUUGAACGGAACCGGAGCGAUGUCCUCUCCUACGGCCUCACCAACGGCUUCCGCUACUGGAUCUACAUUGACGUCGUCGUCGACGCUGCUUAGCAUUGACAUAAAUCAUGCCACGUCGACGUCCACGUCUAUUCCCACACCAUCGCCAGCGCCCAUGCUGAAGACCAGCAGCCAGGGGGCGACGGGAGCUGCUUCCACGGCUCUAGUGAGCAACUCCUGCGUAGAGCUUUUCAUAUCAUAGGCUCUCUAUGGCUUACGUCCACACGUUUUUAGCAAAGCUUUUGUCUUGCCAUUCGAAGAAACAUGUCUGUAGUCUAGUUUAGAACCAAAUCCGCGUUAGCCGAGUCGAAUGGCGAAAGUGGUGAAAGCGGCGAGAGAACGCCGGAACUCCCGAAGUUCGAAAGUCGGACUUUACUGCCCGGAAGGAACAACGAUGGAAGGAAUCUCGCCGCCGUCUCCUGAAUUUCUAAAUACUAUGUUAUAUUACCUUAUCCGCUAGUGCUAAGUAGGUAGAACGCCCAGUGCAAUUAGUGCAAUUCAAGAUUUUAUUUAUUCAAGCUGCUGCCCUAUAUCCAAAUAUACAAUUAUUAGCCAAUUAGAAAAAGACGAAACCAGAAGAGCAGAAGCAGAUAGCAAAAAGCAGAUCGAAAAGCAAAUACGACAAAUUUAUCCCUAGUCAAUAGUCAAAUUAUUUAUACAAUUAUCUAUUUUUAGCUACAUGUUAAUGUUAUUGAAAUUUUGACACGAGUACACCUGCAAAAGUCCGUCGAGCUCAGAUGCUGAAGCGAUUUUCCAUGUUGAGUCCUUACGCUAGAACAUAUUGUUAUUCUUCUGUUAUUCUAGACGGAAUACCGAAUCCAGAACGUAACCGAAGCGACCGUUUCAGAUCUGAUUUGUUUGUUACACCAUUCUCAAUGAAAAGAUAUUAUCAAUUGUUUAUAAAAAUAUACAGAUAAAUAACUACGAGCAUAAAUAUAUGUAACAUAUCUCCCAA